AUGACGCGCCUCAUCUCGGUCGCGCUGGUGCUGCUCGCCCUGGGCACUGGCGUAUUGGCCCAGGCUCCGAAGACAGCAGCGCCUGCUGCUGGUGCGGCGCUGACCAGCGCGCCGGUGCUGGAGGCCGGACCUGCCGUGCUCGCUCUUCCUGAUGGUGCAGGCAAGUGUGGCUUUGAGGAUGCAGCACCAGCCACGGGAGCAGAGGCAACCUCGCUGGUGGAGGUGGGCCCCGCAGCGGCGGCAGACGCGGCUCCUGUGGCCGUGACCAAGACGGCGGCCACUGCCAAGACAGCACCGGCCGCGGCCUCGGCGGCAACCCCCCUGGCAGAGGCGGGCCUCGCUCCGGCGGCAGACGUGGUCCCCGCUCCCGUCGUGGCUGAUGACGUGGUGCCGGCUCCUGCUGCCAAGGCUGCGCCCGUCCCCGCGCCUGCCCCCAAGCCCGCGGCCGCCCCUGCGGUCGUCGCUGCGGCCGAGCCGCAGCCUGUGCCUGCUCCUGCGGCAAAGGCCGCGGUUGCGCCUGCCCCUGUCAAGGCCGCUGUGCCUGCGGCUGUGGCGGCGCCAGCGCUGGCUCCGGCCCCCGUGGAGGCACCUGUUGAUGAGGCCCCAGUGGAGCCAGUGGUGCCAGCUCCUGUAGCCACGGCGCCGGCGGCUGCUGCCGCUGUUGAGCCCGCCCCCACCGCACCAGCGGCCGCUGCCAAGCCUGCCGCCACUGGCGCCGCAAAGCCUGCCCCGGCCGUGCCCAAGGCCGCUCCUGCUGCGGCGGCCGCCGCCACUGACGCUGAGGUGCCCAAGGCUGCCUCUCAGACGCCCGAUUUUGUGGAGGCCCCGGUCGAGGCUAGCCUGCCAGUGGCUAGCCCCGCCGCAGGCGCCCUGGCCUCCGCUCGACCCAAGGCCUCCACCUCUCCUGGCACUAUCAUCGAGGUCACGCCGCCAAUCGCUGGGCCCGAGGUGGUGUCUGCCACGGCCCCGGCUGCAUCUGGCAACGGCGGCCUCAACCUGACACUGCCGGCCGCGCCCAGCGGCGUUGUGGUGGAUGCGCCCGUCACGCUCACGGGCGGCACCCCAAAGAAGCGGCCCGCUGAGAGCGCCGCCGCACCCCGCGUUGGCGCCGCCAGGGCGCUGGCGGCAGUUGUGGCCGUGGCGGCGCUCGCGGCAGUCCUGUGA